UUUUUAUGCUUCAAUCCUUUCUCAUUGUGAACACUUGUUCUUUCUUUAUUUAAAUUUGCCCUCUUGGUCUUGCCCACCAAAAUCUAUUAUCUGGAUUUAGGACUGAAUAUCAACUCUUAUGAGUUUUAUGCAAGGGAAAUACUUGCAGGAUAAGCUUCAGGGCGUGCUGUUCAAAUAUAAAAGCUAGAGGCAUCUGCAGGACAGUUCUACCAAGGUCUGAAAAAGCUUGAUGCAUUUGGUUGAGGCCAAUAUCAAUAUGGCCAUAGACAGCCUUGGGAGGAAAGAAAGAUUUGAUAUGAAGGCCGAGCUUACUUUGUCACCUCCAUCACUUGGAAGACAGCUUGUGUUAUCUCAACCAAAGGCAGAAGAAAACAUAUUGAAGAAAAGAAAAUGGGAACAAAGCAAGCCUCAGGAGCAUCAGUAUCUCAUCACUCCAGGGAAAUUCAGAUGCAAUAACUCAAGCAGGGGUGUGGACCUCCAAAUGGAAUCACCACUUCCCUUGGAUUGGGAGCAAUAUCUAGAUCUUAAUUCAGGAGAGAUAUACUAUAUGAAUAGAAGAACUCAAGAGAAAACACGCCAUGAUCCAAGGCAAAAGCUGGACUUGGAGCUCAAAAUUUCUUCGGAGACAACAUUUGAUCAUAUUCAUGGAAAACAGCAGCAGCAGCAAGGAUUCAGAAAAUAUUUGAACAAUGAAAUGUUUGCUGCAGCUUGUGAACAAUGUCAUAUGUUUGUAAUGCUAUCAAAGAGUUCUCCAUCCUGUCCUAACUGCAAACAUGUUCACCCAUUAAACCAAUCUUUUCCUCCUGCUAAAGAUAAAACUGUAAAUUUGUUUGUAUAAUUUGAUCAAGUACAUGAUGUACAGAGGUGGGGAACACUUGGUUUCUUCUUUGUUUGGAAAUUUCAUUCCCUUGAUUGCACGCCACAACCAAGCUUUGAAUUUUGAAGGAUGUAAUAAAUGUGAUGGCACGUUCUAACAACUCCCCUCACCAACUCUUUCUUCAAAAGAUCAAAAUGGAAAUACAUGGCAAUGAGAAGCCUGGGUAGGGGGCUUGCUUGUUCUCAUGUUUAUUUUGUAACAGCAUGCAUUAUAUUUAGAUGUUGAUAGUUUUCAUAUUCCA